AAACGGUACAUUCAUGAUGCAGCAUUCAUGACCGGCUUGAAUUAAUUCUACAAUAGUGAAGUCCAGCAGCAUUCAGAGUAUCCUGACACCUAACAGAUUCCAAAACAGCAAUGUCGGAGAAGUUGGUCGUGUUAACCUGUGGUGGUGGAAAUGGCGCCCACUGUUUGGCAGGAUUGGCCGCCAUGAGGCCUGAUGUUGAGAGCCGUGUUCUGACGCUGUACUCAGACGAGGCCGAACGAUGGUCAGCUAAACUGAAAUCUGACAUGAUUAUCACUGUACACCAAGACGAUGGGGCAAAGAAAACGAUGAAUACCAAACCCUCAAUCGUGACUAAAGACCCUAAACAAGCAGUACCAGGAGCUGACUAUAUAUUUAUCGUCGUCCCCGCCUUUGCUCAUGCACAAUAUUUUAAAGCAAUGGCUCCGUACAUUGGCGACAACACCGUGAUUGUCGGGUUGCCUGGUCAAGCGGGGUUCGAAUUUGAAUGUGUACAUUAUCUUGGCGACAAAGCCAAAACGUGUACAAUUGUUACAUUUGAAUCUCUUCCUUGGGCAUGUAGGCUGAUAGAAUUCGGCAAAAAUGUGGAGAUUUUAGGCUUCAAAGAUACACUAGGUGCCUCAAUCUUGAAAGGUAAACAAUGCAACCUGGCAAGACCUAUCGUAGAAACUAACCAAUAUAUUCUUGGGGAGAAACCGAAAGUAAGACGGGUCCAAAACUACAUUGCUAUAACUUUAAUGGCAAAAUCUAUAGUACACCCACCAAUAAUGUACGGCAAAUGGUCAUCGUGGGACGGAAAGCCUCUUACAGAGAAACCUCUAUUUUAUCAAGGAAUAGAUGAAAGGCAGGCGGAGUUAUUGUCUGGAGUUAGCGACGAAUGUGUUGCUACGGCAAAAGCGAUAGAGAAAAAGAUUGGAGGGCUCGACAUGUCUGAUGUCAUCCACGUGUUCGAUUGGUAUUUGAAUUACUACAGCGAUCAAAUCACAGAUAAAAGCAACCUGAUGAUGGCAAUGCGAACCAACAAAGCUUAUGAUGGCUUAGUUCACCCUAUGAAGGAGAUAGAACCGGGGAAGUACGUCCCAGAUUUCACCUACAGAUACAUGGCAGAAGAUGUCCCCGACGGCAUUGUUCCUAUGAAAGGAAUCGCUGAAUUAGCGGGAGUUCCUACACCUUACUUGGACGAAGUGAUCACGUGGUGUCAGGGCAAGCUAAAUAAGGAAUACCUCGUGGGAAAUAAAUUGACGGGUAAAGACGUCAACGAGACUCGGGCACCUCAGCGAUACGGCCUCAAUAAAUUAGAGGAUCUGUUCCAGGGAAACUUCGAAACAACUCCGUAAUGUUCAAUGACGUUUCAACUCGCGAACAAAUUUGAGUUAUUAAUUUCUUGUUAUUCGUGAUAGGUUUUUUUUAUGCUUUUGUUCUGUUUAACAUAUUCUAUAUAAAUAUUUAUAUAUAUCUUUUUAAAAUUUUUAUUAUAUAUUGUACUGUAAUUACAAACCUCAUAAUACCUCAUUAUGUUGGAAUGAACAUCCCCAAAAAUAUUUCCUUUGAUGUUUUGAAAAAUUUACGAGGUCAAACCAUGUUUUAUAAGAACUUCAGAAGCUAAAGUCUCCAUGAGAUUGGAAGUGUUUUCUCAUCCAUGGCUAUGCAAACUUCGGAAUGUUACUUGUUCUUUUUCAAUGCAUGCCGACUGAAAAUAUGUCUCGUUUUAAAUUUCUACAAAAUAAAUUUAACUGAACAGAU